CCCCUCCCUCUUCUUCCUGCUUUCCGACACAGCGAGCUCCUCUCUGUCCAUAACUUAUAUUUCCUUAUUCCCUCCACUUCAGAUCUACAGUUUAAAGACAGGUGUAACCAACAUUUGGUGAAGUGCAGGAGCUGACAGACCCCAUUCACUGCAGAAACACAUGCUGUUUGGAUCAGAGCUCAAACUGGUUUCACUUCUAAGAAAGUGAAACUUAAGACAGUCGUUGCCACUGAGAGGUGAGAUGGCGCAGAAAGGAGUUCAGCUGGACCAGGAAGCCUUCUCUUGUUCCAUCUGUCUGGAUCUCCUGAAGGAUCCGGUGACUAUUCCCUGUGGACACAGCUACUGCAUGAACUGUAUUAAAACCCACUGGGAUGAAGAGGAGGAGAAGAAAAUCCACAGCUGUCCUCAGUGUAGGCAGACCUUCACACCGAGGCCUGUCCUGGUGAAAAGCACCAUGUUAGCAGAUUUAGUGGAGGAACUGAAGAAGACUGGACUCCAAGCUGCUCCUGCUGAUCACUGCUAUGCUGGACCUGAAGAUGUGGCCUGUGAUGUCUGCACUGGGAGAAAACUGAAAGCCCUCAAGUCCUGUCUGGUCUGUCUGGUCUCUUACUGUGAGAAACACCUCCAGCCUCAUUCUGAUGUGGCUCCAUUAAAGAAACACAAGCUGGUGGAGCCCUCCAAGAAGCUCCAGGACAACAUCUGCUCUCGUCAUGAUGAGGUGAUGAAGAUGUUCUGCCGUACUGAUCAGCAGAGUAUCUGUUAUCUCUGCUCUGUGGAUGAACAUAAAGGCCACGACACAGUCUCAGCUGCAGCAGAAAGGACUGAGAGGCAGAGACAGCUCGAGGUGAGUCAACAAAACAUCCAGCAGAGAAUCCAGGACAGAGAGAAAGAUGUGACGGUGCUUCAGCAGGAGGUGGAGGCUAUCAAUCACUCUGCUGAUAAAGCAGUGGAGGACAGUGAGAAGAUCUUCACCGAGCUGAUCCGUCUGAUGGAGAAAAGACGCUCUGAUGUGAAGCAGCAGGUCAGAUCCCAGCAGGAAACUGAAGUGAGUCGAGUCAAAGAGCUUCAGGAGAAGCUGGAGCAGGAGAUCACUGAGCUGAAGAGGAAAGACGCUGAGCUGAAGCAGCUCUCACACACAGAGGAUCACAACCAGUUUCUACACAACUGCCCCUCAGUGUCAGCACUCAGUGAAUCUACAGACUCAUCCAGCAUCAAGAAACGUCCUCUGUGGUACUUUGAGGAUGUGACAGCGGCUGUGUCAGAAGUCAGAGACCGACUACAGGACGCUCUGAGUGAGAAAUGGACAGACAUCUCACUGACAGUGACUGAAGUGGAUGUUUUAUUGUCAGAUCCAAAGCCUAAGACCAGAGCUGGAUUCUUAAAAUAUUCACGAAACAUCACACUGGAUUUAAACACAGCACACGCAAAGCUGUUAUUAUCUAAGGGGGACAGAAGAGCAACAUUCAUGGAAGAAGAAGAGUCAUAUUCUAGUCACCCAGACAGAUUCACUGACAAGCUUCAAGUCUUGAGUAGAGAGAGUUUGACUAGACGUUGUUACUGGGAGGUGGAGAAAGGUGAGGGAGGAGUUUUAGUAGCAGUAGCAUACAAAGACAAUAACAGUUUAAAUGAAAGAUUUGGCGAUAAUAACAAGUCUUGGGCAUUAGGUUUUUACAAACGUCGUUAUGAAUUCAGAUGUAAUAACGUCACAUAUGCCGUCUCAGGUCCUCAGUCCUCCAGAGUAGGAGUGUACCUGGAUCACAGAGCAGGUAUUCUGUCCUUCUACAGCAUCUCUGAAACCAUGACUCACCUCAUCAGUCUCGAGACCACAUUCACACAGCCUCUCUAUGCUGGAUUUCAUCUUUAUGGUCCCACUGGAAACACUGCUGAGAUAUGCGAGCUUAAGUAGGCAAACACUGCUGAACUGAAAAUACAUGAUCCUCAGUUGAGGCAUAAUAGUUGGCUGCUGUUUUGCACUCUGUUUUCUUUGCCAUGGUACCUGUGCCUAUUAAUGCUGAUUACGCAGUUAAUCUUACGUUUCUAAGUAAGUUAAAUACUUAAAGUCCUGCUUUUAAGUUAAGUACUAUUGUUUUCAGAAUUUGGUGACAUUGAUCCAUUAAGUUGCUGUUCUUUCAAAUUUGUACAUCUGACAUACUCUGCAUGUGUACUGAUAAACUGUAUAUUUUAUUUCCAUAAUUAGCAUUGUACAUCUAAAAUUUUGGUAUAAUCCAGUUAAAUGUAAAUUUUUUCAAAUAUUUUAAGUACAGUACUCAAAUAAAUGUAUUUAGGUACCUUGCAGAUGUUUAAAGGCAGAUUUCUGUCAUUGUGUUUGAUCUGACAAACACAAACUGACAAACUGAUGGAGAAUUUAAACUGUAUAUUUUAUUUACAUAAUAUAGUGGCAUUUUGCAGCUAAAAUGUUAAGUAUAAUCCAGUUAAAGUAAAGUACAUCACUCAAAUAAAUGCAAUAAGGUACUUUGCAUAUUGUUAUGUUUAAAGUUAGAUGUCAGCAUGCAAAGUGUUGAGGCAGUCGAGUUAAAGCUGGGUAGGUUGUUUAUAUAAAUUACAAUUUAAAUGCUGAUAAUCAUUGGGUCAAUGUCUGUUAUUAAGUGCCCAUUGAACUUUAAUCUUCAAUCUUGCCCCUUGUCAGGUGUUUGCAGAUUCUCCUCUAGAGGUCGCUCUUUACAUAAUGUGUUCCACUGUCACGUUUCCUUUCAGCCUUUACUACCAUUUAGAUACCCUAUUUUGUUAUUGUUCUAAACCUAGAUCUUCUUUGUCAUUACCCACAUAAAGAGAGCAAUUCAUCUCCUGUGGGAUUCAGAUUUGAUUAAGUAAUUAUAUUUUCAUCAUUAAUAUUUAUUAUUUUAGGUAUUUAUCAAUUUUAUUUAGUUAUUUAUUUGUUAAAAUGCAUCCAACAUUAAAAUAGACCCUUUACUCAAAAUGACAUUCUGAUAUUAACCUGUUCAUUUAUUCAUUCAUUCAUGUGCUGAUGGAAUAACCAGAAUCUUUUUUUCUUCCUCAAAUCUUUUUUUUUAAAAGAAAAAAGGAAAAUAGUGUACAUGGGACAUAUUGCAUAUAAAUAUUUUGCAAACAUGUCAUUUGUAAUAUAUUUAUACCAGUUAGUUUGCUGUCAAUGUAGAGUGAACUAGAUGUAUGCGUGUUGUUUUUAUGCUCUGAAAAUGCUAAUCCAAUAAAUCUUUGAAGUAGCGUCUA